AUCAAUCCAUCGCUUCUACCGCGUAAAGAACGCGGGAGACCAACUGAAUCUCAGGUGGAAUUAUUAAACGAUAGUGGUUACGCUGGUGUUGCUCUAUCUUUCGGAAAAGCGGCACCGGCGUUCACUGUCCCUGGUGCCGAGGCGAUCGCUUUGGCUGAAACAGUUAAGGAGUCAUCUGUGAACAACGAUUCCUCGAAGGAAAGAAAAAGAGGAAUUUCUCAGCAUCCCACCACUGCCAAGCCUUGUCGAAAAAGUGGUGACACAGGUGAAGUCGAAGAUGCAAGUGAGAAGGAUGAAGAUAUGGAGGAGUUCGAAAACGAUGGUGAGUUACUUCCUCAGGUUUCUCUGAUCGUUCAAAUGGCGGAUUUCACUGUGUAUACAAAACUUACAGUUCACUCGGAAAUCAUCGGGCCAAUCUAG